UUAUUUGCUGUCCCCUGGAAGGAUGUCCACUGUGUGAAACCCGCGCACCCUUCACUUGCAUCCAUCAGCAGCAUCGCGCGACCAUGUGGAUUAUCCUGGCGUUUGCUCUGGCGGCGUGUCCGGGCGCAGGUCUGGGGUGUCAGCUGCCCCACGACUGGAGACCGCAGACGGAGUCGUGCCGCGCCGAGCUGGCGGAGAUCAUAGUGUUCGCCAAGGUGCUGGCGCUGCACAGGGAGUCCUACAGCGUGCACAACUACCUGCCGUGGCAGCACGACACCGACCUGUUCUUCUCCGCUGAGAUCGAGCUGCUGUGCGACCAGGCGUGGGGCAGCAUGCUGGAGGUCCCCGCCGGCUCCAGGUUCAAUGUGAGCGGCCUGGGCUACUUCCCCUGCUUCUCCUACAGCGUCGUCAAGAACAACAACUACUACUUCUUUUUGAGGAUGGAUGAGAACUACAACAUCAUCCCCCACGGGGUCAACUUCCAGGACGCCAUCUUCAGCGACACCGCGGACAACCACCGCAUGUUCGCCAGCCUCUUCCAGUUCUCCAACUGCACGCCCGGCACUCAGGUCCACAGCUUCUCCCCGGAGUGGGAGGCUCAGGAGGACAGCAGGCUGCUGUGCUCCACGGUGCAGAAGGCCCUGUUUGAGGAGGAGGAGCGGGUGCGAACGCUCUCCCAGAAGGUGCGCUCCCUGGAGAAAGCCAACGGCCACCUGAGGGAGAGGGUGAAGAGCAUGAAGCGCGAGCUGCGCCAAGCCCAGCGGGAGGCCGCGAGCAAAGAGCAGCGCAGCCCCAGCCUCAAGCGGCUCUACGGGCCCCAGGCCGGCCCGGCCCACCCCGACCAGGACACCGCCCAGGACCAGAAGAAGCCGCCGCUCAAGAAGGUUCCCGCCAAGAAGCUGAAGGACUGAGAGCGACACGGGGACAGUGUGUCAUGAUCUGUGUUUUUGUUCUUGUCAUGAUCUGUGUUUUUGUUCUAGUUGAUUCCUUGUCUUAUUUUGGUUCCAGGUUCCGUUUCCUGUUUUAUUUUGGUAGCCUCCCGGUCUCUGUUUUGUGUUCUAGCUUCACUUCCGGGUUAUGUCACGUCACAGCUGUUCCCGCUCCACCUGAUCGUUAUCCUCACCUGCACUGCAUCAGUAAUCACUCACCCGUGUAUUUAGUCACCUCCUGUUCCCGUAGUCACUUGCCAGAUUGUUAGUUGAGCGUCCCGUGUUUCUUGUGAAUCCCUGAGUUGAGCGUCCCUAGUUUCCUGAGUCCCCGUGUUUCGUGUUUCUCGUGUUUUGUUCCUGCUUGCACCGUGUAUCCUGCCCGACCCUGGAUUAUCUACCGACCGUGAGUUUUUGCCUGUUCCCUGCCUGUACUUUUACCGAGCCUUUUUUGUGUAUGACCUGGACCGUCUGACCGUGCCUUUGAGAAAUAAACCUUUUGUUGAUUAUAACCUCGCCUCCGUGCUGUGCAUGUGGGUCCGCCGCCUGCCCGAGUCCCUGACAGAU